AUGGCUAUAACGGCUCCUUGGAAGUGGCAGGGCUACGUGUGGGCGUGCCUCUGGUCCUCGCUCGUCACCAUGCUAUUCGGUCUCGACACGGGCAUCAUAGGCCCCAUUACCGCCAUGCCGGCCUUCACCAACCGCUUCGGCAACUUCAGCCCGACGAUACACGGCCUCAUCGUAGCCUGCCACCUCCUCCCCGGCGGCAUCAUCGCGGCCUUUGCAGGCGGACUGUCGGACUACUUUGGGCGCGAGACGCUCGUCACGGCCGGUGCGCUAGUCCACGCGGUCGGGAUGCUGAUCUGGGGCUUUUCGGUUAACCUGGCCAUGGUGGUGGUUGCGCGCGUGAUUUGUGGCAUGGGUUUGGGCCUGUUUAUGAGCAACGUGUCCGUCUACAUUGUCGAGGUCUCACCCCCGCGCGGCCGCGGGGUCAGAGCCGCCAUGGCGCAGUUCUUCCUCACGCUGGGUCUCGUCAUAGGCUUCUUCAUGUGCUACGCCCUGGUGGCCGACCUGGAUCCGGAAAGCCAGUGGACGUGGCGCACGCCGCCGUACGUCGUGGCGGGGCUCGGGGUCGUGCUGGGCGGGGCCGUGUGGACGCAGCCGCCGUCGCCCAGGUGGCUGUCGAUCCGCGGCAGGGUUGACGAGGCGCGGCGGAUCAGCGAGAAGCUCGGGCUGGAGGCGUUUGGGCCGGACAAGAGCGCGGCAGACGCGGGCGGGGUGGCGGCCGGCCCAGGGGCACUGACCCUCAUGGGCGCCAUGUCGCAGACUUUCAGGGGUUUCCGGCUCGCCUUCUCGGGGCCGUACCGCGGGCGGUCCGUCUUUGCGUGCUUCGUACUCACGGUGCAGCAGUUCAGCGGCAUCGACGGCGUGCUCUUUUACGCGCCAAAGCUCUUCGAGUCGGCUGGAUUCGCCGAGGCCGAGACUUCUUUCCUGGCCUCGGGCAUCUCGGCCGUCUGCAUCAUGGUCUCGACCAUACCGGCCACGCUGCUGGCGGACCACUGGGGCAGGCGCACGGCGACCAUGUGGGGAGGCGUCGCCAUCGCCGUUGAGAUGCUGCUCAUGGCGGCGCUGUACUUUGCCGGACAGGGCGAUGCCGGGGGAGGCAGGUGGGUGGUCAUUGUGAUGAUUUACCUUUUCGCCGUCACCUACAGCGUCACCUGGGCCGUCUGCAUGCGCAUCGGCGUGUCGGAGAGCCUGCCGACGGGGACGAGGAGCAGUGCCAUGGCGUUGGCGCAGAGCGGUAAUUGGGCCGGCAAUUUCGCCAUCGCCCUCGUCACGCCCAUCCUGCUGUCAGCCUCGGUCGGCGGGACGUACCUCUUCUUUGGCAUCUGCACCAUGCUCGGCUCGGCCAUCAUGUACGUCUACAUGAUCGAGACCAAGGGGACGCAGCUGGAGCGAAUCGACGAGCUGUACAUGAGCAGAAAGGCCGAGCGCAGGACAGAGAUUGAGAAUGCGCGCGGCGUGGCGGACAAGACGAGGUUGAGGCUCAGGCCGUUGGACCUACGCGACAACGAUAACAACGAUAACACAAACGCCUGUAACGCCAGCUUCCGUCUGGCUUUGUUGUACGAAGAGGAGCUUACGACAAGGGCGGCGAACGCGACAAGGAUACGGUCGCUGCUGGCUCUCGUCUACUCCCAGUACAGCGAAAACCAGGCACAUACCACCUACAAUUGCACAACAAAAACCAUCGACCGUGGAUCACGACGACGGCAAGCACACUCGAGGUCCGAUAUUGGCAUUGCGCCGCAGCAGGAGAAGGUGUUUCGGAUUGGGGCCGCCAUCAAGGGCGGCUCUGACACGAUGCGCAUGGUGCUGCUGACAUGCAACGCUGUCGGGGUGACGUUCACUUGGGGCGUGGAGAUGACUUACUGCACCCCUUAUCUUCUCUCAUUGGGCCUUACGAAAGGCCAGACAUCCCUGGUCUGGAUUGCUGGUCCCUUGUCUGGUCUGAUAGUUCAGCCCGUGAUCGGUGUAAUAUCGGAUACAUGGACCUCAAAAUGGGGCCGGCGACGACCCUUCAUAAUGAUAUGCUCAGUCAUUGUAGCCAUGAGCCUACUCACGCUAGGCUUCACGCGUGAUAUCGUAUCUUUCUUCAUCCCUAGCUCGGCGGCAGCCGCAGCAGAAGCAGCCACCGCCGUCAGGAGAGACCACCCCGAAAACACUGGCCUUACGGGUUUCCUGACCAUCGUCCUGGCCGUGCUCGCUCUGUACACGACCGAUUUUGCCAUCAACGCCGUCAUGUCGUGCUCGCGGUCCCUCAUCGUCGACACGCUGCCCAUACAUAAACAGCAGGACGGCGCUGCGUGGGGGAGCCGCAUGAGCGCCAUCGGCCACAUACUUGGCUACGGAGCGGGCGCCAUCGACCUGGUCGCGCUGCUGGGCACGACUCUCGGCGAGACGCAGUUCAAGCAGCUCACCCUCAUCGCUGCCACGGGCAUACUCUUCUUCUCUACCCUCACGUGCUGGGCCGUGUCAGAACGCGUGCUAGUAGCGCCGGCGCCUGAGCCCAAGGGCUCGGUGAGCAGUAAACAGAGGUUCAAGGUCCCGAGGCAGAUAUGGAGCACGCUGGUGACCCUACCGGUGAGGAUACAGGCGAUCUGCUGGGCUGUGUUUUGGUCGUGGAUUGGGUGGUAUCCGUUUUUGAUCUAUAGCAGCACCUGGGUGGGUGAGACGUACUUCCGCUAUGACGUUCCUGCCGAUGCCAAGAGUAGCAGCGAUGCACUGGGCGAGAUGGGCCGCAUUGGCAGCUACGCACUGACGGUGUACUCUAUCAUCACGUUCCUGGGCGCAUGGCUUAUUCCGCCCUUGGUUCGCAGUCCAGAGAACGACGACGACGAAGACGACGAGGGCAUACCUGCCACAUCACAGGCGUCCUGGUCACAGAGGUUCCUGCGCUCGUGGUUCCCAGAUGCCGUUCGCUCGAUAGGCCAACUCAACCACCUCAAACCGGACCUGCUCACGGUCUGGACGUUUGGAUACAUCAUGUUUGCCUUUGCCAUGUUCAUGGCGCCGCUGGCGUCGUCCUUCCGCUUCGCCACGAUCCUGGUCGCCCUGUGCGGCAUCCCCUGGACCAUCUCCAUGUGGGCGCCCACGGCGCUCAUGGGCGUCGAGGUCAACCGCAUGACGCACGGCAGCGGCGCCCAGCCUUAUCGGCGCUUGAGCACGUCAUCCGCCGUGGAGCUGCUCACGCCCGUCAUCAGGGUCAACGGCGAGGAGACCGAGGUUGUUGCCGCGGCUGCGGCGCCCGGGUCUGCCCCACAGGCGGCUCUUCUUGAAGAUGGUAAUGCAAGCAGAGGCGGCGGUGGUGGAGGUGGCGAGCUCAGCGGUAUCUAUUUCGGGAUACUGAAUAUAUAUACGACGCUGCCGCAGUUCAUCGGGACCUUCAUCAGCGCGGUCGUGUUUGCCAUCCUGGAACCGGGCAAAAGCCCUGAGCUCUCACAUGGUGGCGGGGGCGGGGGCGAGGAGUUGCCGCAGGCGCCGAGUGACGGGCCAAACGCUAUCGGAAUUUGUCUGUUUAUAGGGGCUAUCAGUGCCGUGGGAGCGGCUUAUGCCACGAGGCGGUUAAGAUUCACCCUGGAACAUGGUGAGUGUUUUGUCGACUGUAAUGAUUCUUCGGUUGAGUAUCGGGGUUAG